AUGAAAAUUGAUUCAGAGUUGCUACACAAGCUUGAAAGAAGAAUAGCGCUCAUGCUUGAAGGCUAUAAAGCUACAGACCUUUUAGUUAAGAGUAGUAUCACUCUUUUCAACGUGGACAUUAUUGAUAAAGCGCUUGAAGCCUUUGUUUCCAUUUCUUCAAGUAAUUCCCUGCCAAGAUCGUAUGCUGUUAGAAGGUUGGUCAAUGAAUAUCUUGUGUUAGUGGCCACAUAUGAGAAUCUUCCUGCAAAAAGUUUCCAGCUACUCGUGGAAGUGUUGCCAAAAGAACCCAGAAAUUGCGAGGACAAUUUUUAUAGAGCUAUGGACAUGUACCUUAAGGCACAUCCUAACCUGACAGAAGAAGAAAGAAGAAAUGUAUGCAGUGUGCUGGAAAACCAUAAACAAUCCCAAGAUGCACACCAGCAUGCCACAAAGAAUGAGCGGUUGCCAACUGAAAACUUUUCUAUAGUACAUGGAUAUGAUGGAAGUUCAUUUCAACAGCAUUAUGUUAAUAGGGAUUUAAGGAAUAGUGAGUUCUUUUCAGAAGCUCACAGUUAUAGACUGAAAUGCUACAAUGCUAAACCAGGACUGAAAAUUGAUGCCUUUGAUAGAGUUCAUAUCCAGCAUUUAGGUUGGAAAAUUCUUGAAAUAAGCAAGGAGGAGGAGGAAGAGCCAGAUGAAACUCCUGAACUUGAACCUUCAGUUCCAUAUCUGUACAUCCUAGAUCAAGAUUCUGAUGAUAAUUGA